UAAGCCAUCGCUAAGUGAUUGUCGUCGGUCGUUGUUCUGCGUUUUCAACGUCUCGUGGGUGCUUGUGUGCUGUGAUAUGUCCGGAAUAUGGCCACCGGUCCUCCCUUCGGGUCCUGAUAACACAACAUGGCUACCCUAGGCCUCUCUAAGGUCUUUAUCUUGGACAAGUAUUUCACGGAACUACAAAAGUUCUGGGAGACGGAGAAGAAGCUGCAAGAUGCAUCCUCCUCAAAUGAGGCAGUUCAUCUACAGCAGCGCCUUCGUAGUCUAAGCACUGAACUUGUAACGCUAAGAAAUCGGCUCCAUGUCCAAGGAGGACAACCGGCCGCCUUAAAGGGAGGAGGAGGAGGCCCCAAUCCCCCUUUGACGUCCGCACCUACAGCCCAUCAGCCUGUCGUACCACCGAGGUCUGCUGUCAAUAAUAUACCUGCUCCAGUGGUUCCAGUAACUCAAAAACAAAGACCUCAAGUGCUCACCAAGACGUCUUCAAACCUUGAGGACCUAAUACAUCUACAUGGACCGCUUACCGAGGAUGCAGUCAUGAAAUGUUUGCAGGCGCGAUUUCAAGCAUCCAACUUUUACACUAACGUAGGUCCAAUUCUUCUUUGUGUGAAUCCAUACAGGGACGUUGGAAAUCCCUUGACACUGAGCAGUACAAGAAGCAUAGCACUAAGUCCACAGCUGAACAAGGUUGUCCAAGAAGCCGUUCGACAACAGUCGGAGACUGGGUAUCCGCAAGCCAUUAUUUUAUCCGGAACUAGUGGUUCUGGAAAAAGUCACGUAUCAAUGUUACUUUUAAGGCAACUUUUCGCAGUUGCCGGAGGAGGUCCAGAGACUGACGCUUUCAAGCAUUUAGCUGCCGCAUUUACAGUAUUACGUUCCUUAGGGUCUGCCAAGACCAUGACCAAUUCGGAGUCCAGUCGAAUCGGUCAAUUUAUAGAAGUGCAAGUCACCGACGGAGCUUUAUAUAGAACAAAAAUCCAUUGUUACUUUUUGGACCAAACCCGUGUGAUACGGCCAUUACCAGGUGAAAAAAAUUACCAUAUAUUUUACCAAAUGCUAGCUGGGCUAUCGACCGAAGAACGAGCCAAACUCAACUUAGAAGCGCACAAGAUAACUACCUUGAGGUACCUUCAAUAUGGCGAUACCAGACAAGAUGUUGCUGAAGAUGCCAAUAGGUUUCAAGCGUGGAAGAACUGCCUGGGAAUUCUCGGAAUACCAUUCCUCGACGUAGUCAGAGUACUUGCAGCAGUACUACUUUUGGGAAACGUGCAAUUCAUGGACGGAAAAGGACUCGAAGUCGACGUUAAAGGCGAAACUGAACUAAACGCCGUAGCCGGACUCUUGGGCGUUUCCGGCGGAGCUCUCUUCCGCGGACUCACCUCCCGCACGCACAACGCACGCGGACAACUCGUCAAAUCAGUUUGCGACGCGAAUAUGUCGAACAUGACAAGAGACUGUCUCGCUAAAGCUUUAUAUUGCCGUACUGUAGCUACCAUAGUUCGUAGAGCUAAUAGUCUUAAGAGAUUAGGUUCGACAUUAGGAACGUUAAGUUCCGAUUCCAACGAAUCCGUGCAUAAUCAAGCGGAAGUUACGAGUCAACACGCAUCUACUAUCGGUGGUAGUACUAACGCCGGUAGCAAAUCAAUGGCUGCGUUGAAUAACGCUGUUAGACACGCUACCGAUGGGUUCAUAGGUAUUCUCGAUAUGUUCGGUUUCGAAGAUCCCAAACCCAGCCAAUUGGAACAUUUAUGUAUUAAUCUCUGCGCGGAAACGAUGCAACACUUUUAUAAUACUCACAUUUUUAAAUCAAGCAUCGAAUCGUGCAGAGACGAAGGUAUUAAUUGCGAAGUCGAAGUUGAUUACGUUGAUAACGUCCCGUGUAUCGAUUUAGUUUCCUCUCUACGCACGGGUUUGCUAAGCAUGUUAGACGUUGAGUGUUCGAUUCGCGGCACAGCAGAAUCGUACGUGUCGAAAAUAAAAGUUCAGCAUAAAAACAAUUCGCGGUUAUUCGAUCCGAAACCGCUCGAUCCGAGGUUGUUCUGCAUACAGCAUUUCGCCGGUAAAGUUAUUUACGACGCGACCGAUUUUCUCGAUACCAACAAAGAUGUGAUUCCCGAUGAUUUAGUUGCGGUUUUUUAUAAACAUAGUUGUAAUUUCGGUUUCGCGACUCAUCUCUUCGGUAGCGAACUUAAAGCGUUGUAUUCGAUAGAAACGGUGCCGCGAGGGGUGAGUUUUAGGAUCUCCCCGACAUCGCAUACUGAUCUUUUGAAUGGUGAUGAACCGGUUUCGACUUUGACGCAAGAUUUCCAUACGCGAUUGGAUAAUUUGCUUCGAACUUUGGUUCACGCUAGACCGCAUUUCGUUCGAUGCAUCUGCAGCAACCCGCAAGAAGCUACGAAUCGUUUUGAACGCGGUACGGUAGUACGUCAAAUUAGAUCCCUACAAGUUUUAGAAACUGUAAAUCUUAUGGCAGGCGGAUAUCCGCAUAGAAUGCGAUUCAAAGCUUUCAACAUCCGAUACCGCUGUUUAGCAUCGUUUGCUAAACUUAACAGAACUGAAGAGAAAGUAUCCGAUGAUUGCCAUUUAAUAUUACAACACGUAAUGGAUUUAAUUGUCAAACAACACAGUCCGGUUUCAACUAGUUACGCGAUGGGUAAACGACAUAUUUUCCUAAGCGAAGGAAUUAGACAGGAGUUAGAGAAACUUCGAGCUGAAACUCGCCGCAAAGCUGCUACUUUAAUUCAAUCCACUUGGAGAGGAUGGCAUUGUAGGUACCGAAUGACAGCUAUACGACGGGAAAAAUCAGCUAAUCAACCACCAGUUUCGCGGACUGCUAUAGGAGGAACGCGACCUAGGCCUCAACCGAUCGCGGGUACUCCGCCUCCCGAUCCGAAUGAGAAAUGCGAUGCGAAAAUCAUACAACAGACUUGCAAUCUCUUCGGAUUAGAUCUAGAAAGACCUCCUCCUGUUCCUCCCAGUCGAUCGUACACGGUGACGGGGAAUACGAAAUUGGGUUAUCCUCAAACUAGAGUAAUGAAAAUGACGUAUCCCGAAGAUAAUAACUUAGAUGGUCAGGUGUUGCUUAAAGGAGAGACUGUAUUAGUUGUAGGGGCUUCGCAUCGAAGAGGUCAUUUAAUCGUUGAACAUAAACAUUGUACGCUUCAUGUGCCUUUUCAAUUUUUAGAGUUGAAACAAAGUGUUAAUAUUUAAUCUUGCCAUUUGUCUUCCGCGGUCAGAGUCUGACAGGUACUGAUGUUCGCUUUUAUAUUGAUUGAUUUUAGGUUUAAAUUUGUAUAUUUCGUAAUUGUGUACUGAACAGUAUUUUUAUAGAAUGAAUAAAUAAUAGUGCAGGGUAAUCAGAAUAAUAUAAGCCAUACAGUCAAACUAUUGUUUUAUUUAUCGUACUAUACAUUCUUCUUUGGACAAGUCUGUAGUAUUUAUUUUGCUUCUAAAAUUCUUAGAAUGUUUUCAGGUACAAAGGAAAUCUAAAAUACAAUAUUUUUAAAAUGUAUUUUUAGUUCGAUUAAGUAUAUUAUUACCCAGAAGUUUGUUACAUUCUUAGUAAAGUGGAAUCACAUAUUGUGGAUUUUGUUUCUUGUAAAAGAAGGGCCCCUAAAUAUGUGAUAAGUUCAACCUCUCCAUGCUCCCCUAAAAUCACAUACCAAUAGUGUUAUUUUAUUUUAGGCCUUUAUUUAUCAUUUACUGUAAUUAUCUUAUGAAUAAUUAUGUGUAUAAUAACUUAGUGGGUCUUUUGUUGAACUGAAAUAUUACCUAAAACACACAUGUUAGCGACAUGCAUAGGAAUCUCAAUUUAUAUAGCUUUGAUUCACUUGCAGCCCCUUGCUGAGGCUUUGGCACCUCCAGAAGCCAUCAUCAGUUAUUACCGCAUCCUGAACGAUCACCAGUUUGAUUGCAGUAAGAUUUAUAACUUCUCAGCCACAAGUAUUUCUCCAAAUUUAGAAGUAGUGGCUCGUUUUGAUAAAUUCCUAAAAUAAUUCCUAAGAUAAACUUGAAAAAUUAAACAUGUAAACUCACCUGUGCACCUUCUAGUACUAAAAGAGGGACCAUAAGAUAAAUUGUAUCGUAUCGUUAAUACCAUCAACACAUUAACAGCUUUAAUAACCAUUUGUAGGGGAUUAUAAACCACAGGGUAAAUUGUGCAUAAGCUAAAAGAGAUAUUAUAUCAAAUCACAGUUAGAUAUACUUUUAUUAAUACGUUCACUCUCCGAAUCAUUAAAUUUUAAGAGCUAGGGAAAAAGGAAUUACUGCCACCACUUACAUCCUUAAAUAGGCCAGUAACAUGGCAACUUAGUUUUGUAUAUCUCUUUCAUAAGGUAUUUCAAGUAUUUAGAGGUCCUCAUUUUAUAAUUUCAUAAACCAAGUCCUUCUAUCUAGCUUCUAACAAAGUUAUCAGAUAUUUCCGGACAUUUUUAUAAUUCUAUAAACCAGCUCCAGCUCAUUCUGUCGAAAACUACAAAAAUAUGAUCCAAAUAUUCCCGGACAUUUUGAUAAAAUUUACAACAGGCAUUGUAAUCUAAAACGAAGAAAACGGUUCAGAAAAUAGUUUUCUAUUUUAUAGAGGAUCCUUACCACUUCUACUCAAAUGUUUUUAAUAAUAAUUAUAAAAGAAAUUCUGCAAAUUAAAAAAAACAAACAUGACAUAUGACAAGAAACAUUGGCAAGUGACAAUUGACAUAAACAGUUCUUGUUCUUUUGAGCAAAUUACUUUAUUACGUUGUGUUAACAUAACAGGUAGGUUAACUAGGUAAAUAACAAAUAGAAGUUUUGCGAGGUUUUGAUUUUCCUCAACAACUUCUCAUGAACGUUGCAUUUACGUUGUAUAGUAAUGUUAUUACGUUCCCUUAAUGCAACAUCGCCGAAAGUCUUGGCAACGUUAUGUGCUAGCUGGGAAUAGUAAGUUUUUAAAUAAAAAUUUAAUGUUUGAUAUUUUAUGAAAGAGAUCUGACAACAUAGGAAGAGCGUACCGUCAAAAAAAAGUUGCGGACAAGUGUAAUGUAUACAAGGCGUAUCUAUUAUCCGAUAUCUUUGGAUUCAGUGAUAUUCCUAGAUUUGAAUGCAACAUUGCAAUACAAGUGUUUCAUUGAUCUUUUUUGGGAGAAAAAUUGCAAUGUUAAGGUUUUCGAAUGUUUCAGAGAAAUAACAAGAGCUGAUGGGUAUUUUUUGGUCUGUUGUACAGUGUUCAUUACAUAUUCUGUAAAGGGAUUUGGAUUCUAAACUGUAUUCAAGGUAUAACUUUUUAGUGUUAUUUCUACAGUAGCAUUUUAGGAAGGUUUCUCAGAAAGUGGAAAAUAUUUGCUUAGUUCUUCAGUGUCAGGGCUUUUUUCCGAUAAAAGUCGAGUAGAUUUCCUACUUUUAUUAAGGACAUCCGCUGAAGGGACCAGUAUCUGUGCACCAGUUUGCUACCAUUUGCUUUUUUCAUUUUCUACUUUUAGAUAACAAUUAUAGGUAGUGCUUCGACAAGAAUUCUCGACGUAUUUUCUUCCAGUUGGUUUUACCGAUGUACAUUUUUUUUGAUCCUAACUCAUUUAAUCCAAAAAUUUCUUAAACAACGCCUCACGCUGAGCUUCACUUCUGUAUCUGUAUCUGUAACGUGUAGAGGGUGGGUUACCCUAUGGCACUUAAGCCUUAUUAGGCCCAUUGUGCAUCCUCCUGAGAAGAUAGGCACCUCCUAGUUCGUGAGCCAGCUUACAGAUUUAAUGUAGUUGACAACGUCGCCAAGAGGUGCUUCUCUUAUAUCGGCCAAUACUCAUCGAACGCAAAUCUUCUAAUAAAUGAGAGCGUCGAGCAAUCGUAAAGGAUAUGCUCGAUGUUCUCAUCUUCUUGUAGAUAUUAAUCGUACCUGCCACUUCCGGCUCUUCCACUUGUCCUAUUGUAACUUUAUAUGGCUGAGCUUCACUUAUUGUACUACAAAACCUUGUUUUAUAUUUGAGGCAUGUAGAUGAACUGCAAGUUGUACCCAAAAUAGCAUCUCUCCUUUAUUCUGAAGAGUACUACCGUCUUUGUUUCGUGUAUGUAGUUUUGUCUCUUCAUUAUUCUUUUCUUGGUUUUCAGCCUUGACUGCUUCCGUAAAUUCUUGAUAAUUUUCUUCAUCAGCGGAAACUGAAUCUGAUUCUGAAUUGUCGAUUGUACCAGAUUCUAAACUGUUUAAAAGAUUGGAAACAGAAGCAGAUUCUAACUCAGAGACUCUAGGGUUUGACUGAACGUGUUAUUCUGUGUUUGUAUUAACUUUAUCUUUUUUUUCCAGUAAAAUUAUCAUUACAGGCAGACCCUGAUUCAUUAUUUAGAUCGCCCACUAAUUCAAAGACCUCUUGCAUGUUUGUUUAACCACUGAUUGUGCUCCCUUCAUUGGUGAUGUUCAUUAUUUACAUUGUCUGACUGUGCUGGAUUUCUGGCGAGUAUUUUACUGUGUUUGCUUCUAAUUUUGUUCUUCAGGAAAGCCUAUAUUUUCACAUUCUAUAUCUUCAAGAAUGAUUUCCAUAUUUUUGUCUACUUGUAAAAAACUAAUUUCUGUUGCUACCUGUAAUAUAUCGAUACUGUCACAAUUUUGGUUUUGUAGAUCUAUAAAACCGCUAGCAUUGUCUGAAGCUUUCUCCACCUCAAAUAAUGUGUCUUUAUGAAAUUUAACUGUGUGUUCACUGCAUAAAUGAACCAAUGGAGAAACCCAUUACAUCUUGCUGUUAAAAAAAAAUAAAUAAAUAUUGUUGGCUCAACAAACCGAGGCGUUACUGAUGGCCCACCCUGUACAUUAAAAUUUUAAUGUCGCUCUUGUUUUUUUAUAUAUUUUUUAGAUAAUUAUUCCAUACAAUUUAGUUCCUUUAAAUAGUGCUAUUGACUGACUAAAUAUAAAAACACACUUACUUAAAAUUGCUAUUUAAUACCUACCAAUAUAUCAUUACAAAUAAUUAUUAUUUAACAAGUUAAUAAUAUUAAAUUUUUUGGGUUUCCUAAUAAAAAUACUUCACCAAAAUCCAAAAAGGCAUAACGUCGUUGCCAUACUUAAAUAUUACUAUGUGUUUACUACCAUUUGAUUUAAUAAACCUGCACUUUACUUGAUUUCUUUCCAAAUAUUUAAUUUUAUAUCCUAGAAUUUUUAUACUAUGAAAAAUAUUAAUUCUAAGAGAUAAUACCUACGUUUUUAUUCUUAUGUAUUAUUAGGAAUAUUUUUAUAGAAAUGUACAAAUUAAAAAUAUUUUUAUUAUAUUUUAUAUAUAAUAUAUCUUGCCUAUUUAUUUACUUGUUUUUAUUCCAUUUAUUUACAAACCAUAUAAAUUUUUCCAUCCAGUAUGAACAGUAAUAUUUCAAUUUUAUAUAGUUAUGUAGUCGCAGUUUUUAACUGUUUGUAAUAAUAUAUUUUAUUUGAGACAAUAUAUUUAAAUCUACCGAUUUCUUAUGAUUUCUACCGUUAUUCUACGAUUUUUAUUAGAAGCUUAAAGAUAUAUAGGUUGGCAAUGCUGUGCUGAGACAUAAUUAUACAGGGUGUCAUUGAAAUAG